AACACGCACCGACGAGUCGAGCAGCACCGACGACCCGAGCACAGACUUGGACAUUACACGCGCUUUAUUCCCGCAGCAGAGACGAGUGGGGAAGUUUGGAGGAGAUGCAGUCAGUGUACCAGCACCUGAUCAGCCUGCUGGUUGUCCUCGGCAGCCUGCAGGUCAACCAGCUGGCGGAGGGAUGUUCGUGCGCUAUGACGCACCCGCAGGACGCCUUCUGCAACUCCGACAUAGUGAUUCGAGCUAAGGUCGUGGGCAAGAAGCUUCUGAAAGAUGGCCCUUUUGGAACCAUGCGCUACACAGUCAAGCAAAUGAAGAUGUACAAAGGAUUCGAGAAAGUCCAGCACGUGCAGCACAUUUACACGGACGCCUCAGAGAGUUUGUGCGGUGUGAGGUUUGACAUCAACAAGUACCAGUACCUGAUCACAGGUCGAGUGUACGAAGGCAAGGUCUACACGGGGCUGUGCAACUUCAACGAUCGGUGGGAGCGCCUCUCAUUGGCCCAGAAGAAGGGCUUCAACCAUCGCUACCAGCUGGGAUGCAACUGCAGGAUUAAGCCCUGCCACUACCUGCCCUGCUUCGUGACCUCAAAGAGCGAGUGCCUAUGGACGGACAUGCUGUCCCACUUCGGCUACCCCGGCUACCAGUCCCGGCACUACGCCUGCAUCCAGCAGAAGGAGGGCUACUGCAGUUGGUACCGGGGCAUAGCUUCACGCGACAAAACCACCAUCAACGCCACCGACCCCUGAACCUCCACGCACCCUGCCCAAAACUCACUGCCGCCUCCCUGACUCCGUCCCAUCCCUAUCACUUCGAGAAAAUUACAGGACUCUUCAAGCUCACUGGCCUGGGUGACAGCCUCUUUAAAGUGGCACAAAAAAGAGAAAAGUACACAUCCAUUACAGUGCCUGCUUCGUAGCACUUCUGAUAGAAAACAAUACCUUUUUUUGGAUCAUUUUCCCAUACCACAAAUCAAACAGUCCUUGCACCAAACGGUCUCUUCAGGGUUUAGGUUUUAAAUAGGUGAUGAAGACAGACAUUUAUAAGAUCUAUAAGAAGUUUAAAACCUUGAUCAACCUCUAUUGGAUCUUCAGAGUUGCGGAAAAAGCAGUGACCUGUACACAAUUCUAAGUAUUUAUAGGCAUCAUUGGUGUUAAUUAGCGAGCUGCAGUUAGCCUAAUGCUAACCACGUUUUACGGCCAUUUUGUUGAUCGAGGUUUAUCUUUUAAAAAGCAAGGACUCUCAAAACUAAAUGUUAUGGACUCUCAGAUCAAUUUCAAUCAAUGAAAGCUAUAUGAAAAUACAGCCAAUGAUCACGAUGUCAAUUUGAGAUAUAAAGCUGUUACAUUGUUGCUACUGAACUGUAUGUACUUGCUAGCAUUAGACUAUACACAUCAACAAUACAGAUCGAGUGCCAAUGUGAGGUAUGAUCUCUGAAAAUUAUACCUCUUAAAUCGGCCUCAAUUUAUUAUUAUUUUUUUUCCAAAAAUGGUAUUGUUUUACAGUAAAGUAUAUUUCAAUUAUGUUCACAGUUCUUACUGUAACAUGUCUUUACGGAUGGUAGAAUCUCUGCUUACCUGAAUGUUUGCAAUGUAACUCAUUUUGCAGUUAUAUCACAAACAAGGCCCUUUCUGUUGGGCACUGUUGAAUACCAGAGAAAUGCUAAAAAUGUCUUUGUUACAGUGCGGAAGUAGGGAACAGCUCACUUUUUGCAGAGAUGGUGAUAUUUUAUUUUUUUGCUGUACAUAACAUAAGCUACAGAAAUGAACUAUCAACUCAACUGAAACCUCUGUAAUGCAUUUAUUUAUGUUUAUUGGAUUACACAGUAACUAUGUGGUAUAAUCUGAAAAAAAAAAGAAGAAAAAAAUAUAUAGUAACAGUCAAAACUACUUUGUGACAACCAUCACAGCCUGUGCAACUGUACAGAAUGAAGGACCAGCAUCUCCAGUGGUAUAGUACAUAUGGUACUUUUGUUUGUUAGCUUAUCGUAGUCCCCCUGACUGGUACUCUUCACCAAUCCAAUGAAAGUCAAGUAUAAGCAGAGGUUUCAGAAAUUUACAUAUUUUGACAUGUAUAUUCAAUCUUUUUGUAUUUAACUAUUUCAAAUGGACUAUAUAUAUAUAUAUAUAUAUAUAUAUAUAUAUAUAUAUAUAUAUAUAUAUAUAUAUAUAUAUAUAAAUGAAAGUAACAAUAUUGUCACUAAAUUCAUUCUUCUUCACCUGUUCCCAUCUAGGGUUUUAUCUUUUUUACCCCAGUCCUGUACCUUCAGUCCAUUCCAUGAGCAGAUAAAGCUUGUUACAGCUCCUACAUAGGUAACACUUAGAAAAUUCUACAUCGCUACUGCACUGUGGCUGAGUAGUUUGACAUUUUGGGGAAAUAUGCUUAUUUUCUUUCUUGCUUGGAGUUAGGUGAGCAGGUUAGCUUGACUUACUGUCUUAAUGCUAAGCUAAGCUAACCAUGGCUGUGGUUGUGGCUUCGUUUUUAACGGACAGACGAGAAGAUUAUGGACAUUUGCAUCUAUCAGUAAAAAAGAGAAUUGGCUUAUUUCCCAAAAUGUGUUUGGUUUUUUUUAAGAAAUAUAUAAAUUCAUUCAUCUCCAUUCCAAAAUGACAACAAUGUUGCGUUUUCCCUUAGUUUUCUUCAGAAAACAGAAUUCAAUCCACCUCCAGACACUUAAGCAACAGUCACAUCGUAUCGGAGGAAGACAGCAAUGGUUUGUUUCAGAUACUUAACAAAAGGCCUGAUAAAUUAUAAUAAAAUCAUUUCAUUUCAAUGAUGUAAAUCUACGCCGUUUAAUUUGCUUUGCUUCACCAGUAGAUUUCUUUCGUACAAAACAUGUCCUUUCUGUCUUUAUACGUGUUGACCAGGCUCUCUCUCUCCAGCUGUGAUGUUUCUGUGUCACUAUUUCUGUGGUUCAUGUUUGUGUAAAUAUACUGUCUGCUUAACACAGAAACACUUGGUCAAGUUUGAUCCUUUAAAAAAAAAAGAAGAAAUCCAAUCAAGGAAGCCAUGUACAGUCUGUGUGUAAACACUGAUUCCUGAAGUGAGUGUGUGCCUGUUGGGGGGGGGUCCUUGUGGGGGUUAUAGAAAUGUUUGACUUAAUUUCUGUGUUUUAUAUUUUUAUAAUAAAGAUUUAAUGAAA